GAAGUGAGCCACUGGAGCCAGAAGGAGCGAAGUGUGGUCGAUCGUGAAAGGAUUCUAAUUUUUUGAGAAGAUAUACGAUUGCAGAUCAAAACGCUACGCGAUGAAACCUUUGAUGUUGCAUGGGCACGAGCGUGCCAUCACUAAAAUAAAGUAUAACAGAGAAGGAGAUCUAGUGUUCUCCGCCAGUAAAGAUAAGCAACCGAAUGUUUGGUAUUCGCUGAAUGGAGAACGUCUUGGUAGUUUCAACGGGCACAAUGGUUCCGUAUGGUGCAUCGAUGUCAACUGGGAUACCACACGAUUUUUAUCCGGCAGUGGUGAUAAUACUCUGAGAGUCUGGGACUGUCAAACUGGCAAAGAAAUAGGACAAUUGACCACGAACAGUUCUGUAAGAGCAUGUGGCUUUAGUUAUUCGGCGAACCUCGCGGUAUUCUCCACCGACAAGGCUUUGGGUCACCAGUGCGAGAUGUUUAUCAUGGAUGUACGAAACGUCGACUCCACGUUAUCCCAGGAGGAUGCAAUCUCUAGGAUCUCGGUCAAUGGUCCUAGAAUUUCUGCCAUAUUAUGGGGCGCCCUCGACGAGACCAUUAUCACGGGUCACGAAGAUGGUGAAAUUAAACUUUGGGACGUGAGGACCGGAAAGAAGCUGUCCAGUGUUAAAGGUCACAAAUCUCAGAUAAAUGAUAUGCAAUGCAACAAGGAUGGCACCAUGUUCGUAACUGCAUCCAAGGAUCAUACGGCGAAACUUUUUGAUAGCGAGUCUUUAGUGUUAUUGAAGACUUACAAGACAGAAAGACCCGUAAACUCGGCUACUAUAUCACCAAUUUUUGAUCAUGUGGUUCUUGGUGGUGGUCAAGAUGCCAUGGACGUCACUACAACAUCCGCGCGACAAGGCAAAUUUGAUUCACGAUUCUUCCAUUUGGUGUUCGAAGAAGAAUUUGCACGUUUGAAAGGUCACUUCGGUCCCAUUAACUCUCUCGCUUUUCACCCUAAUGGUCGUAGUUAUUCCACGGGCGGAGAAGAUGGAUACAUUCGUAUUAAUAAUUUUGAUCAGUCUUACUUCGACUUUCAUUUCGAGUAUUAAAUUUAUCAAUCAAGGGACGUAUGUAUAUGAUAAUAUAUAUAUCAUUUUGUUAGAACAUAU